CAGACCUGUGCGGAUCUGCAGUGGCGGGGCUUUCUUCACCUCGAGUUCGAGGUUCCGCGUGCUCAGCCCGUAAAAAAUAAGGCAAACCGAAAUAAAACCGAGUGCUAACCGAAGCGCGGAGUAUACGAAUGUGAUCCGAAUAUAUUUUCUGCAAUUGCGCCUUUUCGUUGUAAAAAGUUUUAUCUGAACGAUAAAAAAGAGUAUCAAGAAGCCAUCAAAUGUUUAUUGAACGCGUGGAAGAGAGGCGAUGACGAGAAAUCGCUUAUUCCACGAGACACCGAGUUUUGCAACGGAAGAUUAUUUCCUUCAUUUUUUUCGAACUCGCUUACCACCACGAGCUUCGAACGUGAUCUUGGAUUGCAUCCACGUAUAUAAAUACGCAAUAUGAAGGGGACCAAGCACUGUAUAAUCGAUCGAUGAUUAAUCAGUAUUUGCGAGGCUCAGCGUAAGCUCGCGAGCACGAGAGUGUGCAUUGAAGUAUUUACUGACGCAUCGAGAGGAAGGUUUUUUUUCAUUAUUUCACCCAAAGUUCGAAGACAAAGCUGCUCGUUCUCGCGUUGAUAUUUCGAGGUUAUUUCGCAUGAUGAACGAGAAACAAGUGACGAAGUUGCAUAUUUUCGUGACUAAGGUUAAGAGCUCGAUGCAUUAUUGAUGAGCGGUUCAAUUGAAAGAGAAACAGUCAACGGAAUUAACUCGAGUUCGAAUCUCGAGUGAGAACAAAAAGUCGGAACAAAUAAAUAAACAAGCUCGUUGUCGUCACUUCUUACGGGGACACAGCAGCAGUGCCACGUUAAAGUGCUCGAAUCAGUGAGUCAGCUGAUCGUUGAUCAAACGGAUUAAGUGAACGUUUUUAAUUCGCUGUGCAAACAAAUAAAUGAGCGGAUUUCUUCUCCGCUGUAAGAUCUUUCGUUUUAGCAAGAGAUAAAUAAAAGUAAAAUGAUAUUUACGGGGAGAUCAGUCGAUGCACUGGACGAGGUACGCGGCGACGUUCACGGCGAAAAUGAACGUCGCGACGUCAGUGCUAUCGCAAUUGCCGCAGGCUGGUUCUCCAGUCUUCGUAGACCUGGAAGGAAGAACAAAAAGGGUUAUCACAAACAGGCGAAGAGCGCAUGGGAUCUCAGCACAUUGUCUAUGCAAUUGAAAGAUGAGCUGGGGGAAGUUGUCGCGGAGAUGGAGGCGAUGGAAGGUGGGGGUUUGGCAGCUGACGAGUCCAAGCCGACGAAUAAGGCGAAACAAACAUCGAUCGGACGUAAAAAAUUCAACAUGGAUCCGAAGAAAGGGAUCGAAUAUUUGAUCGACCACAAUCUCCUCACACCGACUCCUGAAGACGUUGCGCAAUUUUUGUACAAAGGGGAGGGACUCAACAAAACUGCGAUCGGGGAUUACCUUGGCGAGCGCCACGACUUCAACGAGCGUGUAUUGCGAGCAUUCGUUGAACUCCACGAUUUUACCGACCUCAUACUGGUCCAAGCGCUACGACAAUUUUUGUGGUCGUUCAGACUGCCCGGCGAGGCACAAAAAAUCGAUCGCAUGAUGGAGUGUUUUGCUCAGCGUUACUGCCAAUUAAAUCCAAACAUUUUCACCAAUACCGAUACCUGUUACGUACUAAGCUUCGCGAUAAUAAUGCUAAAUACAUCGUUGCACAAUCCCAGCGUCAAGGACAAGCCCAGCGUCGAACACUUCAUCACGAUGAAUCGUGGCAUCAACAACGGUGGUGAUCUUCCCCGCGAACUCUUAGUAAGCUUGUACGAGAGCAUUAAAACGGAACCCUUCAAAAUACCAGAGGACGAUGGCAAUGAUUUGAUGCACACGUUCUUCAACCCCGACAAAGAGGGCUGGCUGUGGAAACAAGCAGGUGGACGUUACAAGAGUUGGAAAAGACGAUGGUUCAUCCUAAACGACAACUGUUUGUAUUACUUCGAGUAUACGACCGACAAGGAACCCCGAGGUAUUAUACCGCUCGAGAAUAUUCAAGUCAGGGAAGUCCAAGACAGGCAUAAACCUCAUUGCUUCGAGCUCUAUGCAGCUGGCUCAGAAUUCAUCAAAGCGUGUAAAACUGACAGCGAGGGAAAGGUCGUUGAAGGUAAACAUACAGUGUACAGAAUGUCGGCAGCAACGGACGAGGAAAAAGACGAGUGGAUAAAAUGCGUCAGGCAAAGUAUAUCUCAUAAUCCGUUCUACGAUAUGCUCGCUGCUCGAAAGAAGAAAGCCCAGAAGACGAACGUUCAUUCAAAGAGUUAAAGCCAAUAGUCGUGAAGGAUGGAUUGACUUGUUCUCACAAUACUGUCUCUCCGAUUCUCUCCCUCGAUUCAAAAUCAAGACGAAACAAUGAUGGAAUUUCUCGAAGGAUGAAAGACUGAAUUUAGCUAUAAAAUUCGUGCGAAAUUUUUAGCACGAAAUAGCCCGACUUCUUUACGAGAAACAAGAAACUAGCUCGAGUUACUUAGAAUAAGCUCCCAGUCGGAAAGUCGUAGGGAGAGAGGCAAUGGAGACGACAAAAAAGUGCCAGGAACGCGUGGGUUGCUGCUCAUCGACGUAUAUGAAAAGAAAAAUAAAAUACGUUGAGACGUCAAAAAUCAGCGGGACGGAAAUUCGACGCCGCACAAUCUUUCGCCAGUUCCUCGAUGUAAAAUAACGAAGAACUUUCGUCAAAUUGUAACCGUGAAGGUUUACGAACGAAAUGUGUAUAUUUUUCAAAUUGACCGUGUAAAUAAUUCAAUUAAGCGAAAAGACGUUUGAAAUGAUGCAGAUAAAAUGUUGUUCUUGUUUUAACUCUUCUUCGCUCACGAGAAUUUCGCGCGUGCGAAAACUGCGAAAAAGACAAUCUUGAUGAAGGAAGAAAAUGAAUUUUUCAUUCACUGUUAUUCUCGAACGUAAAACCGCGUGAACGAAUGAGAAGCAUCGUAUGCGUAGUAUAUUUAUUGCGUGCGAGUCCACCGUUUGUAAUUAUUUGUACCUCGCUCCAGAGUGAAUAUCAACGAAAAAAGAAAUCGCUCGAAGUAGAUCCAAUAAAGCGUUAUGUUUAAGAAAAAGUGAGAUGAUCAAAUGACUUUGGCUGAUGCACGAUUUGAGAGAAAAAAUAACGAACUAGAAGACAUCAAGGAUGAAGAACAAAACUGCCAAAGUCUCGAGCAAGUGUGUUAAUGUGAUAGCCGUCUAUUUAUUUGAACAAAUGUGUAUAAUAGUAGGAAUGAUACUGGGCGAAAUGGAAUAACGAAAAAUGAAAGGAAAAACAAAAUUAUAUAUCGUUAUUUUAAGACUCCGAAUUCGACAGAAAUGUCAAUGAAGGUUUUGAAAGAAAUUCAAUAUCGUGGCGCUUUACGCUGAGAGUAUUGCGUCAAUUGUAGGUAUAAACCGAUUGUUUGAGAGACAAAUAACCAAAUAGAAAUUUUUUGAUACUUGGUUUUUUUUUCGAUAGCUGGAUCCAUGCUGACCGAGCUGCCUUGCGAGAUAUAAUAAAAAAUUUUAUGUGCCUCCCAAGUCGGCUCAACCGGUGUGUCGGCUCAACCAGGUCGUUCAAUCCCCGCCUCGAAACGAUCGCGAUGACACAAAAAUGUUUUCCUUUUUUUUGCAACCGUGUACGGAUUGAUGCUUUAGCUGAACGUCGAUGCGACGAUAGGUUUAAAAACUCCAUUUAGCCGAAAUAAUAAAAAGGACAAAGUUUGAACUCCUUCCACGAGAAAAAAGAAUAAAAAAAAGUGAACGUCAAACAUCGAAAAAGCCUUACUACACUUUACGAUAUAAAAACAAAAGUACGCCAAAUAGAGAGAAAACACAAAGAAAAAUAACGAGUGCGCAGAAUGAAUUUCGGUGUGUCUUGACUUUUUUAAACGUCACUCCAACGUUCGUGCGUGGUAGAAACUCUGUAGUAGGGACUGGUAGAAAAAAUAAUCUAAUUUGAACACUUCUUUGUUCUCGGAAGAGUGUUUAUCGCAAUUAAUUUACUGGAUAUCGGCGUCUCGAAUCUUCGAUCAGCCGUCCAAACAACGACUAUUAGAAUUCCUUACAUCUGUUGUUUACCAUUUAUUUUCAUUUUUUUCGUGUAUCCUGAUGUUGUAACGAGCGUUUAAAAAUGUCGAUCUCCACUUAGGCAAUUUAUAAAUUAUAUUAAUUGUAUAAUUGACAUUGGUAAGAGCAAGAUCAAAAGUAUCGAAAGCUCCGUUUACUUCCGGUGUUGUAAUGUUUUCUACAUGCUUUAACGCAAACUCGUCGUAGCUUCUUUAUUAUAUUUUUUUUUCUUCCAUCCAACUAAGCGUAAGCGUGUUUUCUACUGAAAAUCUAUUCCGGGCGAAUCAAAACGUGAAUACAGCGACCCUACAAAUUUUCGAGAUUCGUCCCGAGCAAAUUGUACGAUAAUUAAUGAGCUAACGGAAGGAAAAUAACGAGAGAAUCUCCUGCAACGAGCUUGCAGGGAAUUGUGAAUUUGUAUAUUUCCGUUGUAUAUUGUUUCCAAUCAUUGUUACGAAUUGCACAAUGACAAAUGUAACCAACUCCAGAGCCGUGUACGUAUUAAUUAAUUUAAAUACGAUUAAUAAACAACUUUAUUUCCUA